UGAUUGGCUGUGGCGGGACGCGGGCGUUAGCUGGUUAGCCUGUUAGCUUGUUAGCCGUCGGUCCGCCAGCAGCGUCGCCAUGGCCUACCAGCUGUACCGGAACACCACGCUGGGGAACAGCCUGCAGGAGAGCCUGGACGAGCUCAUCCAGACGCAGCAGAUCACUCCCCAGCUCGCCCUCCAAGUCCUCCUCCAGUUCGAUAAAGCCAUCAACACGGCGCUCGCCAACCGCGUCCGGAACCGGGUCAACUUCAGGGGCUCCCUCAACACGUACCGCUUCUGCGACAACGUGUGGACGUUCGUGCUGAACGACGUGGAGUUCCGGGAGGUCACCGACCUCGUCAAGGUCGACAAGGUCAAGAUCGUGGCCUGCGACGGCAAGAGCGAGUCCACGCAGAGCAAGUCCGAUAAGUGAUGAAGGUGCAGACCCCCCUCCUGUGGACUGACCUGUACAUAUAAUUUAUUACUGCAGAAUCACCUGUGUGUGUGUGUGUGUGUGUGUGUGUGUGUGUGUGUGUGUGUGUGUGUGUGUGUGUGUGUGUGUGUGUGCGUGCGUGUGCAUUUUGUCAGUUUUCAGGUUUUUCUUGAGUUCGCUGUUUUUCAAUCAUCUAAUAAAACUUUAUUUAAAAAAAACAAAA